AAUAUCAGAAUAGUAUUAGUGGUGUCAACGUAGCUUUUACUUCGAAAAAACUCUAGUAAAAUAGAACUUUUCAUAAUUUCAUUACGAAACGUAUAAUAUUAUAAUAAUAUAUCAAAAAGUUCUACUCAAAAAGUGGGUGAUUAAAUUUUAUUAAAAAAAUUAACUGCAAAAUUAGUUGUUAUUUAAAAUACCUAUGAAAAUAUGAAUUUAAAAAAAAUCUAACCAGUCCAUGAAAAAUUCAGAAAAUUUUACAAAAAAACUUUAAAAAAUUUUUAGAAAUUAUAUAAAAAUGUGUUGUUAACACAAUUUUACCUACAAAAAUCUCAAACUUAUACAAUAAAAGAUCUUACUAAACGAUGUUUCAUUCAAAAAAUUUUCAAAAAUUUUAUUCAAAUGGUUCGACGUCUCAAAAAAUGUAAUUUUGGAAAACUUUGUAGUUUUACAGAACUACUACCACUAUGAGUAUACUACUCAGGUUAUAAAGGCUAUAGGUAUUACAAUUUUAUGGGCGUUUUUUAAAGCUUAAGAUGUAAUUUUUAAAAUGCACUAGCACCGUAAUAACAGCAACAGUGACCUAUGGAUAUAAGGGUAGGAACGGAAGAUACUGAGAACUUUUUUGGGUGGUAAAAACGUGGAAGACGGAUGGCAAGGAAGAACCAAUCAACAAUUAAGGGUGCUUUACAAGGAACCAAGUAUAACAAGAUACACAAAGGCACAAAGAAUCAGGUGUGCAGGUUAUGUCGAGAGAAUGAAUAGAACAAGAAUGCCAAAGGUGUUGCUAAGAAGACCAGUUGGGAUGAGACGAGGUAGACCAAGAAAAAGAUGGAACGAAAAGUUUCAGGAAGAUAUAAAAUCUAUGGAAAUUACAGACUAGAAAGUGAAAGCAAAAAAUAGGAUACAGUGAAGAACCAUAGUGAAGAACUCAAUUUUUGAGUUAAAGCAAAAUGUAGUUCACAGAGGUGAACUAGAAGCUGUUGAAAUUUAGGACCAAAAUGUUCCAGUAAUAUCAAACAAUUUGCUGAAUGGAAUCACUGCCAUGGAACUUCACAUUAUUAGAUCCCAAGUAAGAGAUGUUGAACCUGGUGCAUUCGAUGGAGCUUCUAUGGUUAACCUAAUGUUGUAUGAGAACCAAAUUACAAGAAUAAGAAAAGGUAUAUUUAACAAAACCUCAUUUAAUAUACUUGCUUUGCAGAAUAACGUCAUAUCUAAUAUAGAAGAUGACGCCUUUGAAGGUGCAACCAUCGAGAUAUUGGACUUUGGUUUUAAGAAGAUGGGAAAAUUGACUUCAAAAAUGUUCGCUGGUUCAAAUAUUACAAAUCUUAACUUACAAUCGAACCUAAUAAGUAACAUAGAAGAUGGUACCUUUCAGAGAAUCGAUAAUUUGAACAAAUUAUACCUAAGCGGUAACCAACUGGAGGUUAUUGGACACGUUUUUAGAAACCUGACAAACCUAAAUGAAUUGCACUUGGAUGGAAACCGAAUCAAAACACUUGAACCUGGAUGCUUUGGUGAUUCUGAGAUCUACUGGCUUUAUUUUUCAGGUAACCAACUGACUCAUAUUGUAAAGGGAGUGUUUUAUAAAGUACCAGUCUCCUUAUUGGAUUUCACUAAUAACAAAAUUUCAAAAAUUGAUAAAGGAGCCCUAGCUGGUCUUUCAACGCUAACAUUUGUUCAGUUGUCUCAUAACAAUAUUGGAGAUUUGAAGCUGUCCACUCUGGGCGACCUCAAUACUCCUUUAAAUGGUCUAUCUUUGAGUGAUAACGGCAUUUCAAAUAUCGAUAUUGGAGUGUUCAAAAAUACUAAAAUCGAUAUGUUGGACUUAAGCAAAAACCAUAUAAAAUCGAUUAAAAAAGGACUUUUCCAUAAUGUUACAAUGUACACCAUUAAUUUGAGUGAAAAUGAAAUUACUGAAAUAGAAGAAGAUGCUUUUGAUGAUAUCGAAGAUUUAAGCCACAUCGAUGUGAGCUUGAACAAACUUACAGAAGUUAAGAAGAGGAUGUUCAGUCUACCAUUGGAUGAAGUUAAUUUGGAAGAUAAUGUAAUAACUAAAAUCGAUAAUGAUGCCCUCAAUGAUCUUCCGCUGUCACGUCUUCAGAUAAAAAAUAAUCCUAUUGCUGCCAAGAACAACGCUUAACAUAUUGUGUAUUUAAUAAUAGUGGAAUAAACAAUAAAAUUUUAA